GCGAGGAUGGAGGGUGUGACACGCUCUCCCAUGUGCUUAUGUUCCUGACGAAUAAGUAGCCCAUGUGAAGUGUUUUAUCAACCUUUAUGAGCACUACUGAAACCAUUAGAUUGGAUAAAUGUGUCGUAUUAAUGGUGACAAAAUUUCCUGUCUUCUGUAAAUUUAAUCUUUAUCUUGAGAGUACUUUAUACCGUCGGCCAUUAUUGCAUACUCUCGAUCCCGCUCAGAAUACUCUCCAAUCCAAGCAAGUAAAUAAAAGCACGUGUGCUAAUUUUGAAUUGUCAGAGGUACAGUACUGUGAUUCGUUUGUUUUAUUUAUUCUUAGUGUGUCCAAGCUGUGGAAAUUUUUCUGUUAAAUGUUGGAAUUUUUGUAAUUUUUUUGUUCAGCUUAAUAUUAUAUGAAAAAAAAAAAAAAAAUUCUAAUUCGACUUAAGCAGUGUGAUUUUAAACAAUUAUGGCUUCCAGUUCAACUAUUCAAAGAGUAAUUCCUCUGUCCCACAGUACACCCAACAAUGAUUUUAAAUGUACUGCCAAUAUUAUGGAACCUGAUGAUGAUGUUGAACUUGAAAAUGAUGUACAAAAAUCAGCUAAAUUUCGUUUUAACCGUGGGCACGCGCUGUUGCGAAGGCAAUAUCAUAAACAUAUUCUCAUACAGCAUCCAAAAACAUUUGGUAAAAGAAGAUUCACUUUUUCUGGAUAUCAGGAUCAUAAAUCGAAUACCAAGAAACGUCGGAGGUUCACUAGUGUUGCCCUUCCGACUAAGUUUUUGCUUGGAGGUGAUAUAACAGAUCCUUUAAAUUUGCGGAGUUUAGAAGAUGAAAAAAUAAAUCAGCAAUUGAACGCAUUUACUCCUGCGUCAUCUCCAAUACCUAUAUCACGAUAUCGUACUCAAGUGAAACUUCUCAUCCCUCCAAAUAUAUAUGAUCCUCUGAAUUUAAAUACUGGAGAAGAAAUAGAGUUCAAUUUACUUUCUUCUAAACCCCGUAAAAGAAGACGCCAUCGUAAAGGUAGACGAGAUGAUAAUGAAAAUGUUUUGGAUACAAAGGAGGUACCUCCAGCAAAAGAAGAGUCUGAAAAUGAGUCACCUACUCAAACAAGAAGUUCUCUGUGUCUUCCUCUUGAAGAAAAUCAUGAGAAAGAACGUAAGGCAGAUUCUAGUGCUGCGAGUACUUCAUCUGAGGAGAAAGUUGUCUCUGAUAAAAUUGUUUCUCCAGUUGUUCCACAAGGAUCACCUGCCAAAUUUUAUAAAAGGUUUCGUUCUCGUAGUUUUUCUAAGGAUGCUGAGGAAAAGACAUCUGCAUUAAAACAAGUUAUGAAACGUAGGCGAUCAAGAACAAGGCUGCAGCAGAAAGUUGACACUUUAAAAUUUAGAGCAAAUGCUCAAAAAUUUUGCUAUGGCAACCAUAUAAUCAAUCAUUCUAACUGGUAUUUUGGAAAUAGUGAUGAAGAUCACAGGCUUAGAUUUUUUGAUAAAAAUUUAUUUGAAGGUAAAGAUGUCUUAGAUAUUGGGUGUAAUACAGGUCAAUUGACUUUAUACAUUGCUGAAAACUUGCAGCCAAGAAAAAUUAUUGGUAUUGAUAUAGAUAAAAAACUUAUAAACAUAGCUCAAAGGAAGGUUCGCAAACACUUAAGUCAAAAUAUUACUGAAGAUAAUGAUUUUCCAGAGUCUCUGGCAUCUAUGUAUGGCCCAUUAAUAAAAUUGGCCAUGAGCACUUCAAAUUCUUCAGACUUUCCAGAUAAUAUAUCAUUUCUUGAGGCUAAUUAUGUUCCUGCCUGUGAAGAGUACCUUGAAACUCAAAAACCAGAAUUUGAUACAAUCCUCUGCCUAAGAGCUACAAAAUGGAUUCAUCUUAAUUUUGGAGAUGAGGGAUUAAAGUUGGCUUUUAAAAGAAUGUUUGCCCAAUUGCGUGUUGGUGGUCAUCUGAUUUUAGAACCUCAGCCUUGGUUUACAUAUUCAGCAAGCAAGAGAAUAACUCCAGCUAUUUAUAAGAUGUAUUGCAGUUUAGAAAUAAAACCAGACUCAUUCUGUGAAUAUUUGCUAUCUGAUGAAGUUGGUUUCAGUAGAUGUGAACUCAUUGGGAGGACUUUUAAUUGCACUAAAGUUUAUCGGCAACCAAUAUACCUCUUCACAAAAGAAUUUGUAACUUCUCAAGAACAAAGCAUGCAGAUGAAUAUAGUGUCACCCAUUCCAUUUGACUGGGAUCGUAAUUCAGAUGAACAGGGCGCCUGUUCUAACUGGGAAAGGGGAGAUAUUCAUUCAAGUUAUAUUCACAACUCAGUUAACAGGGAUACUGAUUAUUUCCCAUAAAUGAAUUUUUUCUAAAGUUGUUACAUUCCUUCAUGAGUACAUGAGAUGUAACAGAUUAUGUUAAUCCGUGAUACAUCUGAAUGUUAUUCUAGAGGAUAAUUCCUUCUUAAACUGCAGGGUAAGUACAGUAUAAUAUAUGUUCAUAAGAGUUAGAUAUCUUUCCUGUAUUCAAAGGUUCAAAAAUAUCCGUGCCUUGAAGUUUAUGGAUUUAUGUUGGAGAGUUUAUGAAGAUAUGUAAAUAAUAUAUAAAAAGGUAUUAACUUUUACCUGAUAAUAAUCGGACAUCAUUUUCAAUUUCUGUAUAGUCAUCACAGCGCUCUGCGAUAGGAAGACGUGCCUAUUAAAUGAUUCACUGAGAGGCAAUUUUUUUUCUUGUACAUAUAAAAUUUAACAUUAUUUUUGUUGUUAUUUUCUAAAUUAAUUCUUUUUUUCUUGCCAUAGUGCUUUUAUGUGUUAUUUAUAUGACAUUCAAAAGUGAAAAAUCUUGUUUGUGUGAUUAAUUUUUAUGACAUUUUAGUUUGUGCUAAAAAAAGCAAUACGAUUGUGAUAUUUUGAUACAUCAAAUUUUUCCCCUUAUAUGAAAUUUCCCUCGUAUGUAUUGUGUUUGACCAGCCCAAAGUAUAUGUUUUUAAAAAAUACAGUUGAUACCUUUUAAUGUGCUUGUAAAACGAGUAAUGUAUAUAAGAAUAUAUAUAUAUAGAUAUAUAGAUAUAUAUAAAUAUAUAAAAAUAUAAAAUAUACAAAUUUUUCUUUUAUUAUGCUCAGGGAAUUGGUGAAAUGCUCAAACCAAGUCAUUCAGCAAUGCUCUUACUUUUCACAUAUUCUGCAACCCUCUCUAAUUUUUUCUCUUCUAAUUUUUAGCUAUGAAAACUAAAAAUAACUUUCUAGCUUUCCUUUAAUUGUGGCUUUUCAUUCUAUUGUAUUCAUUUGCUAUGUAAGUCUGGAAAAAAAUUGCAGUCAAACUUAGCAGAUCCCAGUUUUAACACCAGAAGGGUGCUGAUUUUUUUUCCCUUUUACGAUAGAUCAUUUGAACUUCGUUAUAGUAACAGAAAAUGACAGUGGCAGAGAUUGUCAGCAGUUUCUGCAAACAUGCAUAUUUUCUUACAUUUCUCACUUUUCUGACUUUAAUUUAUUGGCAGUAAUUUAAUAAAUGAGGGUAAUUUUUCUUGUAUUUAUUACUUAUAUUUAAAAUUUGAAGUUUAAUAAUCUUAUUCAUAUGCCAAUUUUGGUUGCAGUGUGAAAUUUAUUUGAAAUGAUGUAUAUAGACUUAUAUUUGUAAAUUUAAUAACUUAACAUUCAUUCAUAUACGUUUUCACUGAACACUGAAAAUAUUCCUGAAGUAUAGAAGCUCAUUGAGCCAGAGUAGCUGUAGCAGAGAUUGUCAGAUGUGUGCUAUAAGUGCUUAGGAUUAAACACUCUUGAAGGGAAAUUUAAAGGGUAAAAUAUAAGUUGCAUUUCGCAUAUUACUGCCAUCCCAUCUGGUGCCUUUUGCUCUCAAGCACUGAUUAACUAUCUUCUAAUUCCAGUGCUUUGUAGAUAGUAAAUUACACACUUUAAUUAGCUCAUGUACUCUAAAUUCUGAACUUGUUUUGUAAUGCUUGUAAAAUGUAUUAAUAUAAUCUCAGAAUUAUGUUUCAAUACUAUGAUUGCUGUUGCUGUAACAUGCCAAGGAAUUUAUGCUGGACCAGAUGACUGAAAUUCUGCUGAUUUUGCACUAGACUUCUUCAGAAAUAGGGCUUUAGGAAAUUUGUGCAAUUGCAAUGUCUUGAGAAAAAAAGAUCUAUUAUUUUUGCUGAACUUUGUGCCAAAAUGAAAGAAAUGGGAGCUAUAAAUUUUGUUAUAUUCUAGUGUAGAUAAGUAGUUCUACGAUAAUUCAUAAGAGAGUUUAAGAAAGCUUAAUAAAAUAUGAAAUUCAUUGUUUGUAAUUAAAAUUAAGAUGAAUCAAUAUGAAUGAUAAAAUGAGUAUCUUCUCUUCUUCCCUUUUUUGAAUAUGCUUCCAUUUCUGUGAGAAAAUAUAUUUUAAUUUCAAUUAAAAAAUUUUUUUUCCACAGUGUUUGUUUUUAAUUUAAAGACAAAACUAAGAUAAAUGUUUCAGAACUGAAAUUAAAAAAAUUCUGUAAUUUCUUUCUGAUAUUUAUUGAUGUUCUCUCAAGCCAGAAAAAAAUUCAGUCUAAAAUACUAGUCUUAAAAUUGAUCAAAUAUGCAUAUCAAAACUGCUUGGAUUUUUCAAUUCAUACUUUUUGAAAUGUACAAUAUUUAAAAUAUGCUGUUUCACAUUGCUGUAAAAUUUUUAAACACAGUACUUCCAGCUCUUGUACUUUUUAAAACAGGCUUGGGUGGAGUUCUUCACUCCUUAAAAUUUACUGCUUUGUAAAUCGAGCAAAAUUUAGAUUUUGCAGUUGCAUCACUACAGUUUGUAUUUAUAUGAUUCUUAUUUAAAAAUUGUAUAGAACACAUUAAUGGAAGGCAUCAUCAAUGUUAAUAUUUUUUAUUCAAGAAUAGCAAUAACUGAGUGAGUACUGAAAAUUAAUAUUAGAUGUUUUAAAAUUUGUUUUCCUUUUAUUCAUCACUUCUCUUUUUAAAAACAUGAUUUCAAACUGAAUUAACUGGGAACUGCGCCUUUUAUAUAACGUUUCAUGGAUACAUCCUUCGUUUUCCUACAUAAAACAACACCCUUUUGGUGUUAAUAUAGUUUUAAUUACUGUUGUAAUGAUUUUAUGUAUUGGAAACUGUAUUUCUUAUGUAAAUAUUUUCUAAUGUAUUAAGUUCUAAAAAUUGAACAACUUGCUUAAGCAUGAAUGUUUUCCUUUAUAAUCUGCACAAAUUUAAUACAUUAGACCUACACUGAAAUUUCAUUAUGUAAUUUCUUUCAAAAACCUAAAUAAAUUUUUCUGUAAAAA